AUAAGGUCUUCCCCCUCACAAAUAAAGACCCCCCAAACAUCAGCCACCUCCUCUUCUUGCUUAGUUCACAAAGAGAAGAUGCAGAAAUCAUGUAGAAACCAAUCAUUCUGCCAAGCUUAGAGAGAAACUCUUAUUCUUGUUUUCAUCAGAUAUGGAGAUUGAAUUGGUCAAGUGUGAGUGCUGUGGGCUGAAAGAGGACUGCACUCAAGACUACAUCAGUGAGGUGAAGGCCAAGUUUGAAGGGAAAUGGCUAUGCGGGCUGUGCUCAGAAGCAGUGAGAGAUGAAGUUAUCAGAGGGAAGAAGCCAUUUGGGAUGGAAGAAGCUGUCAAGGCUCACAUGUCCUUCUGCCGGAAAUAUAAAUCAAAUCCUGCGAUUCGAGUUGCCGACGGGAUGAGGCAGCUGCUGAGGAGAAGAUCAUUGGAUGCCUCGUCAUCUUCUAAUUCCUCGUCUCCUUCCAAGAAGUACACUGCAAAAUCAGCUUCCACUUCACAAGUGGGAGAUGAAUCAUCUUUCUCCCAUUACUAGCUGAUCAUCAGAAGAAUUAAGGUCUUUUAGCAGCCUUCCAUGGCUGAAUAAUCUCGUCUUGUCAUGUAAAGGGUGGUUUUGUUUCAAUGGAGGCUUCUUCCUAGUUUUGUUCUUCCUUCAAUUCUCUGACUGAUAUGUUUUUCUUUUUGGUUUUAAUUUCUUCCUUCACUCUCUACAGAGA